AUGCAGUGUGAGGACCUGUCAGCCAGAGAUGAGUUCACCUACAGCCACAUGCCCACCCUGGAGAGAGGUGGCGGCUCGCUGGGACGGCGUGGAGACAGGGGACUGGAGAGAAGGCCAGACAGGGGGGAGCGGGACAGACCCGAGCGGGACAGCUACACAGUGGACGUGAGGGCCAGUGACCUGCAGCUGGCCCAGCCGGAGCAUCUAAAGCACCCCUGCUUCAGCUACAGGGCCUGGCUCUACAGUGUCCUCAUAGGGGGCAGUCUGCUCAUCACAUCUGGGUUCUCCCUGUACCUGGGAAACGUGUUUCCUGUUGCCAUGGACUACCUGCGCUGUGCUGCGGGCUCUGGUCUCCCUGCAGCCAUCGCCAGUUUUGCCAUCGCCAAGAACAGACAUGUUGCAGUGUCAGAUUUCCAGGUGGUCUAUGUGUCAACGUUUGCAGUAACAACCACCUGCCUGGUUUGGUUUGGCUGUAAACUGGUCCUGAACCCCUCUGCUGUCAAUAUCAACUUUAACCUCAUCCUGAUGAUUGUGCUGGAGGUGUUGAUGGCCAGCACUGUCAUCCUGUCAGCCCGCUCUGCAGAGGACUGCUGCUGCCACAGGAAGUCGGUGACAUAUGACAGACCUCUGGUUAUAACGCCUGCAGUGUUCCCGGCACGACUCCUCAAAGCAUAUUCUGUGAUUGAAAUGAUUGUGGGGAUCUCAGCUGUGUUCGGAGGCAUCAUUGCCCUCAACAUGGACGCUUUGCUACCAGGUCCCUACUUGUCUGUCACAUUUUUCUGGAUCCUUGUGGCUUGUUUUCCCAGUGCUAUUGCAAGCCAUGUUGUAUCAGAAUAUCCCAACAAAUGCCUGGUGGAGGUGCUGAUCGCCAUCAGCAGUGUGACGUCUCCCCUGCUCUUUUCAGCCUCGGGCUUCCUCUCUUCAAGCGUGAUCAGCUUCAUCGAAAUUUUCCUGUACGAUGUGCCCACAGAAAAGCAAUCCUAUGACAUCCUGCUGCUGAUUCUCAUGGUGCUGCUGCUGGUGCAGGCAGUUCUGACUUCAGCCACUGUGGUGCACUGUGCCUCCUACAAGAGUCAGCUCCGCAUGUGGGCUCCAGAGAGCGGAGAGGGCAUGCCCAUGCUGACCCAUUACUAUGAGCAGCAAGCGUCCAGUGGAGCGCAGGAUUUUGACAAAGACAGAGCUUGGAAGGCAGUUGUGGUCCAAAUGGCCCCGUGA